AUGAAGCGUCUUUCUCAGGCGCUCGUGGCACUUUUUCUGGCCUGUGGUGUUCACGCGGAGACAAAGGGUAAGAUUGUUUAUUGUCUUCAAUUUAUUAGGACAUGGGCCAGCUUGACUAACUCGCUCGUAGACAACAACUGUCUUGCCGAACUUGAUGGCUCUUCUCAAACACAGGCUACUUCCGAGGUCAUCGUUUGGGUCAACGAAAAUGGUGACAUCUUGAGAACCGAGACCAACCGUCUCACUUUGGCGACAACAGCACAAGGGAAUACGGUUAUUCACCAUGAAACGGUUACCCUAGAUCAACCUGCUGCCACCGAGAGGAUAGAAAAGAAGGUGCCUCCCCAUCCUCAUGCCCACCCCCCUUUGCCACCACCUGCUCCAGCACCUCCGCCACCACCAGCACCUCUAGCAGUCCCGCCCGCACCUCCGGCACCUGAUGCGUCUCUCCUUCUUCCCCCACACCCAGAUCCUCAUCCUGGACCGCAUCCGGAAGAGGAUCACCAUCCGCAUCCCGCGCCUCACACCGAAAAGCGACGUUUCGGAAUCUCUUACUCCCCGUACAACGCGAACCGGAGUUGCAAGACACAAGAUGAAGUCCACAAGGAUUUUAAUCAAUUAUCAGAGUACGCCUACGUCCGUAUCUACGGCAUAGACUGCGGUCAAGCAAAGACUGUGGCAACGGCAGCUCGUUUCCACAAGAUGCAGGUUUUCGCGGGCCUGUACGAUUUGACCGAUUUCCCCAACAGCCUCAGCGCCUUUGAGGAUGCUGCAACAACUCCCGAUGGCAAAAAGGACUGGUCAAUAUUCCACACUAUUGCUGUCGGCAACGAACUCGUCAAUGGCGGGAAAGUUGCCCCCGGCAAAGUCGCUGGCGCAGUCAACCAAGCCCGCACUACUCUUCGUGGAAAAGGCUACCAAGGGCCUGUCGUGACAGUCGACACCUUCUCAAUUCUCCUCAAACAUCCCGAAUUAUGCAAAGCAUCAGAUUAUUGCGCCGCCAAUUGCCACGCCUUCUUUGACGCCACGCAGCAACCUCACAAUGCCGGCCCAUAUGCUCUAGAACAAGCACACGCAGUCUCAGACGUCGCCGGCGGCAAACGGACAAUGAUUACCGAGUCGGGCUGGCCACACGCUGGCGAAGCGAAUGGUGCAGCCGUUCCAUCUCAAGAAAACCAGCGCAUCGCAGUCGAGAGUUUGCAGCGUAGCUUUGCUCACAGAUCUCAGGAUCUUGUCCUAUUUACUGCAUUCGACGACCUGUGGAAACAGGAUAAUCGCUAUACCUUUAACGCCGAGAGAUUCUGGGGUAUCUACGAUAAAUAG